AUGUAUUCACCACCAGGUAAUAGCGGCGCAGUAGCAAAAACUGCACUUCCAGUUAUUGGAGCUAUAUGUUGUGGAGCUCUUCUUUUAUUUUUACUUGCUGCUACUAUUGUACUAGCACUUAUACCGGUCUAUACACCAACAAAAACAGCUACCUUGAGUUCGACUGCAACAAGAAGCAAUCCGAUCACAAUUUAUAUGAAUACUGGUAGCACUAAUAGUGGAAGACGAAAAAGACAAAGUUCAGGAUUACUGAAUUGCGUUGGUGGUACAUUUGCACCAUCAGCCAACAAAAUGGUUGAAAGUGGAUUACGUAAGGCUUGCCAAUCGAGUAAUAAAUUCAGUGAUGUACAAGUAACAAGUACUCAAGUCUCAACGGAAAGUGCUAGACGAAAACGUUUUUCACUUGUAAAACGUCAAUCUGCAAAAUUUGUCUUGAUCGUUACUUGCUUCUUCUACUUUGUGUCAACAUGUGGUUAUCAAUGUCAACUGAAUUUUGGUCCUGUUAUAGCAGCUCUAGUCAAGGCCAAUGCAGCAUCUUCAAUGUCUCUCACUAAUGUUCAAGUACUUAAUUCAAGCGGAGCACAGUGCGCAUUUCUAGGUUUUCUUAGUAUUUUAGGAGUUUUAGACAUGUCAAGCAUAGGACCUGGAUCAGCUUCUGUCGCUGCACUAGCUGCACGUCCAGUAGUUAUUAUAUCAACGGCCACCACUACUACUACUACUAGUACUACCACAACAACGACCACUGUAGUAGCAAGAAACGUGCUGAUUUAA